AUGGCACAUUGCCAGGGAGCAGCAAGGACCAGCGCCUGCCUCAGGGACAGGGAGCUGGCAACAUGGUGGACAGGGCAGGGGCCUCCCCAGUCACAGCCCAGGCCCAGCCCCGAGCAAGGCGAGCAGGGUAGGCCCAGGGGUAGCAGCCAAGGCCAGCCCAGAGCCCAGAUCACCAGGCAAGUCUGUGGUGACAAGGCAGGUCCGGGGCCAAGCCGGGAAGGCAGUCAGCCAGUCAGUGCCCGCACACAGAAGCCAACACCUUCAGGUUUCCAGACAAAUGAGUAUGCUGAUGCCCAACUUCAAGACAUUGUCAGAAAAAUGCGGGAAAGGGCAACAGUCUAUAAGGAAAAGCUGAAAGACCCAGUGCUGUCCUCCCCUGAAGGCACACCAUCAAAGAAGAAGCCUCCACCCCCACCAAAAGAAGAAAAAAAAGAAGAAAAGAAAGAGGAUGCAGAAGCAAAGCCAGAGGAGGAUCAUUACUGUGAUAUGCUGUGCUGUAAAUUCAGAAAACCUCCACUGAAAAAAUACAUGGAGUAUCUGCAGCUACCAGACAGCAUAGACUCAUACACAGAUCGCCGUUACGUAGCAUGGCUCAUGCUUGUGACAGUCGCCUAUAAUUGGAAUUGCUGGUUUAUUCCCCUUCGCUUUGUGUUUCCAUAUCAAACCCCAAGUAAUGUAAUAUAUUGGUUUACCAUAGACAUCAUUUGUGAUAUCUGCUACCUGUGUGACUUACUGAUUUUCCAGCCACGAGUGCAAUUUUUAAAAGGUGGAGAUAUAAUAGUAAACAGAGUGGAAAUGAAGAAAUUCUACCACAGCUCAGUGAAGUUUCGGCUUGAUGUGAUAUCAGUAUUGCCGUUCGAAAUGUUAUACUUCUUCUUUGGAUUUAACCCAGCAUUUAGAGCAAAUAGGAUGCUGAAGCAUAACACAUUCUUUGAGUUUAAUGAUCGUUUGGAAGCUAUCCUGGACAAAGCAUACAUCUACAGGGUCAUUCGAACAACUGGAUACUUGCUGUUUAUCUUGCACAUUAAUGCAUGCCUGUAUUAUUGGGCUUCAGACUAUGAAGGACUUGGCAGCACUAGAUGGGUGUACGAUGGCAAAGGAAACAUGUAUCUGAGGUGUUACUACUGGGCAGUUCGUACUUUAAUCACCAUCGGUGGCCUUCCAGAACCACAAACCCUGUUUGAGAUAGUUUUUCAACUGCUGAAUUAUUUCUUGGGUGUCUUUGUCUUCUCCAGCUUAAUUGGUCAGAUGAGAGAUGUAAUUGGAGCAGCUACAGCAGGACAGAACUACUACCGUUCCAACAUGGACAACACUGUCUCCUAUAUGAACACUUACUCUAUUCCAAAAGUGGUGCAAAAUCGUGUUCGAACCUGGUAUGAAUACACAUGGGACUCUCAGGGAAUGCUGGAUGAAUCAGAAUUACUGGAGCAGAUGCCAACCAAAAUGCAAUUAGACAUUGCAAUUGAUGUGAACUUUGCCAUUGUCAAUAAAGUUGACUUAUUCAAAGGGUGCGAUACCCAGAUGAUAUAUGACAUGCUGCUAAGGUUGAAAUCCAUUGUAUAUUUACCUGGUGACUUUGUCUGCAAAAAGGGAGAGAUUGGCAGAGAGAUGUACAUCAUUAAACAGGGUGAAGUUCAAGUCCUUGGAGGCCCUGAUGGUACAAAAGUCCUGGUUACACUAAAAGCAGGAGCUGUAUUUGGGGAGAUCAGCUUAUUAGCUGCAGGUGGAGGAAAUCGAAGGACUGCCGACGUGGUUGCUCGUGGUUUUGCCAACCUUUUCAUUCUGGACAAGAAAACACUCAAUGAAAUCUUAGUGCACUAUCCUGAGUCAGAAAAACUUCUCAAGAAGAAAGCAAAGGUGCUGCUGAUGCAGAAGGGGAAACCUGCUCCAGGACCACCAGUGCAACAACCACGGGGCUUGGCCAGUCUGUUUGGGCAGAAACAGGAAACUCCAAAAUUGUUUAAAGCGAUACUUGGAGGUAAAGGAAAAGAAGGCCUUUCUAGCCUGCUGCAGCUGAAGAAAGAACGAGACACUCAGGAAACUCACGCUGAAGCAGAGAAUAAGCCUAAACAAGAGGAGAAGAAACCCGUGGAGCCUGCGGCCUCAUCUGCACCCCCUGCACAAAAGGAAGAGCCGAAUGCAGAUGCUAAGCCUAAACCACCUGCAGUUUUGCACAGAGGAACCACUAACGAGUCACUGAUCAUUACUAUGUCUCCAUCCCCCAAAACAGAAGAAGGAGAGAUCCUUAAAGUUGAAGUUAAAGAGAAAAAAAAAUAA